AUGCCGGUCUAUGAAGAAAAAUUCAUCUCCCCGCUGGCUGUGCGAUUCUCGCAAGAACACCUGCGAACGCGCUUUUGCAACGGCCAAGCCUUGGAUGAGGUGACAGGCCUGGUGCAGGAAGUUGCAGGAGUCGGGCCUUACGAUGUGAUUCUGAAGGCACCUUUUCCAAACAUUGAAGUGAUCCGCUGGGCCCCCGGGGCACAGAAAAGAACCGGAACCGCGGUACCAGGAAUGGCCAUACCGGCCAUACCUGACGAGAGGUCUCAUUGGUUUACAACGGAUAACAGAAGGCUCUACGUGCUGCAGAAAGUCGCGGCCAGGUUGUGGCCCAAGAAGGCAGGCGUCCAAGUGGAUGUCUUAUUUGCAGCGCCUCCUCGUGAGCUCUUCAAGAAGUACGACUCCUCCACUGCCGGUCUGCUGGCAUCCGUAGGUGCCGGUGCCAUCUGGGAUUGGAUGAAAGCCGUGAGUCCAGCUGAUGGUUAUGUGAACAUGGCGAUGGAGGAGGCUGCCCAGAAGCAGGUUCUCUUUGAUGAUGCCUCAGGCUCACUGGAGGAACUUGUAAGCGUCCCCCAGACUCAGGACAAGGACACCCCUAAGGCGAGCCCGAGCCCGCCCGUCAAGGAGCAGAAAGCUCUUUUGGGAGACAGAGAUGCAAAUGACGAUGCCACGGAUGCUACUGCAACAUCAAGCACGUCCAGUGGCCAGCAGAGUCAGCCCAGCCCGACUCCAGUCUUAAGCCCAAGCACAAAGAGCGAGAAGGAUUCGGCUCACGAGGAGAAUUCACCAGUCACUUCGGAAGAAUCUGAGGCGUCGGAAGAGGAGUGGUCGGAAGAAUGGCUAAGUCUGGCGGAGCAUUGGCGCGGAGUCUCUAGCUUGCUCGAGGGCAGUUGGAGGGGACCCAAGGGUGAGACCUACAGAAUGGAGUUCCGCGAGCCUUCGGAGGACGCCGGGGAGGACGUGGUGUGUGGUCAUUGUGUCCGCUGCCAGAGCUCGAAGGAGAAAACCUUCUCCGUCCGCUACGAAUAUGACAGUUGCCUGCUCUUUUGGGGCACUGGCCGCAAGUUCUGCUUGGAUCCCGAGGAACUCCGAAUAGUGCCAACGAACGCCAGAUGGUAUGUUGCAGGGAAAGAGGAGCCUGAAUUCGAAUGGGUUCUUAUCGGUGGAGAACCGCCUCGCGACAGAAGCGACAGAAAGCGGGUGGGCAAAGACAAGAACCUCGUCGACAAGGACUUGUGCCAUGACCAACCUAGGCAGGGUGGUGCCCAGCGAAGGCGACGCAGGCGCCCCGCCUAG